UACAGCAGCAUCCUUUGCAAAUGGCGGAAAGUUGCACAGGAACAUCGAUCAAGCACAAUGGUAAUUUGCUCGCAAUGGCUUUAAUAUUAGAGAAGGCAGAAGAUUUAUAGGCUUUUUAUGUACCUUAACUUUUGUUUUCUUCUUUUUAUAAGUCUCGAGGAGCAUUAAGUUUUCGGCAGUUGAGCCAAAGGUAAGUGAUUAUUUGCUAGCUUCACGAGCGGUUCGCCGGUUUUUAGGUGUAUGACAGCAACUGAAUUAGCCACAUUUAGGUCCUGUUGCUCGAACACGAAACCAAAUUCUGUCAUCUUAAUUCGCACCUGCACUUGCACAGGUCUUCAAAUUAAACCAAGCACUAACUUCAUGCUACAGCUUAGCCAUAACAAAGCAGUGUAAAGACCACAGGUUACCCAGACUCACAUCAGCCUGCUGGAAGCCAAAUUAUAACGAUUUGUAUGGGAGUUUAUCGUAAGAUUGAUGAAACGGUUGAAAUGUGCAUAUACAGCUAUUAAAGUAUACAUAUAAAUACCUCAAAGAGAGUUGUGUCUGUGUUGUUUUCUUACUGUUGCCUGCACUAUAAAUGUCAUUGUAGCUAGUUUUAAUGUUUUGGUUUCUCACCUACUAAUUAGAAGACAAGGAAAAACUCGGCUCUCCUAUGGCUGCCCGAAGAAAAAGCUACGAAAAGUACCAUUUGUCUACUCCAAUUGCUCCAAAACUUCACUUGAGUAUGGACAGAAGAUUUUCCUUUCUUGAAAAUUUCAAUUUAGUUUCAAACAUCGAGCCAUUGCCUCAGGAGGACAAGAAAUGAAGCUAAAAAGUUUGAAUUUAGUGCUUCCAUGGAACUGCUUUUUUUCAUAGUGAACUACUAAUGGUCAUUGCUCUUGGCUUAGUAGCCAUGCUGCAUGUUCUUAAUCCCCUCAGCAGGAAUGGAAGCACUAACUUCAACUUUUUUCCCCUACAUUUCUUGUCGUCUUGAGGCCGUCGCUUGAUGUUUAAAACUAAAUUGACAUUUCCAAGGAAGGAAAUUCUUCGGUCUAUGCUCAAGCAAAGAUUUGGAGCGAUUGGAGUUGAAGAGGGUAAUUUUUGUAGCUUUUUCUUUGGGCAGCUUAGGACGGCUUAGUUUUCCCUUCAGGGCUGUACUCUAAGGAAAAUUGACAGGAGCCCAGUGCUCUGGACCUGUAAAAUCUAGGGUGCCCAGCAUAUCAUUUGAAUGAAAAAACUAAGAUUUCCUAGUUGCCCGAGAGCCAAAGUUAGUCGCCAGGGGUCACCAGGCUCUGCUAGAGCACAGCCCUGCCUUUGUCUUCUUCGUAUACAUGUAGGUCACAAAAAACCAAAACAUUAAAACUUGCUGAAAUAGCAUUUAUAGGGUAGGAAAUAGUAAAAAACAAACAAAACAACACAGACGCAACUUCAGCCUUUAAGGUAUGUAUACUUUAAUAGCUGUUUAUGUACAUUUUAACCAUUUUAUCAAUCUUACCGUAAAUUCCAAUGCAACUUCUUAUAAUUUGUCUUCCAGUAGGCUGUUUUUAGUCUGGGACCCCUGUAUAAAAACAUACAUUGGUUAAGCGAUGGUCAUCUCUUGUAGCUGCCUCCAAACUCGGUAGGGAACUUGUUUUUAGUUGUUUUUCUACACGCCAUGUUCACCAAAAUAGUCUUCGCUUGGAGCAUUGCUUAACAACAGAUUAAAACAAUGUAUUAUAAAGUUACCGUUUAUCAUUUAAUUAUUUUAAAUUAAAUUAAUUGUACUCGCUUUCUAAGGAAUUGGAAAUGGAAAUCCUGGUUUGUGAUUGGCUAAUGUUUCAUUUUUAGAGAAGAGGUCCUUGAUUGGGAGGAUGAAGAAGAUAGAAAACCACGUUACAAUCCUUUCAGUGAUGAAGGAAACUUUGAUUUCAUUGACCCUGGUUUCUCUUGGGUGAGCAAAGAAGAGGUUGCAGACUUCAUGAAGCAGUCUCGUGGUCUUUCACUCAGUGAUGCUGGUGCUGAUGAUGAUGAUGCUGAGCUUGGUGAGGCUUGGGGAGGGACACAGUUUAGUAUCACUACAGGUGAGUGUUCCGCAGUUGUAUUCGGUAGUUUCAGUCCUGAAUCACAGAAUAUUCUUCCCAGUCACAGGUAAGGGUAUGCCACUUGAGUUAAGACUGAUGACGGUCUAGUGGUUGUUUGAUCACAGAUCUCGAGGUUGUUGCUCUAGCUUUAGGUGCACUGUUUCUGACUUAUAAGCAGGGAUGUUACUAAGUUUUCAAGUUGUCAGGCAUAUGCAAUCACAGACUGGGGAUUUAAUUGGCAGUUAGGUCAUUUGAUUCUACUUUGCUUUAGCUUCCUACAUUUUGUAAGAAAGUAGUUUAGGGUCAUGCUUAUCCAGGAGAUUUACAUGUAUAUUUAUUUAUCUCUUCGCUUAUUAACUGGAUUUUACUCAAAUUGGUUACCUGUCUAUGACAUGAUGUUAUUUAUUGAUAAUGCAUAAAUUCUGUUCACACAUUCAAUUUGCUUUCUCUUAUAUAUUGUGAAAAAAAUUAAUGUAAUGUGCACUUACAAUGUAGGGAAGCCUCGCUCAGACUCAGGUGCCCAGUCGGCGCGAACGCGGCCUCAACCUUCAUCUGCUUCCUCCAGUGUGAAUGCAAAUAAACUGAACACAGCCGUUGGAAGUAUGUUCAAAAUUUUUAAUAAUUUACCACAGUUGUAAUGUUAGUGAAGACUAGUCCUCUGUGCUAGCACUUACAAAAUUGUAGAUGUACAUUUACGAUGUAUUUAUGAGUGGCAUUUUGUGGUCGGGCAAGGGUUUGGAUCCCUGUCCUCCUGCUUGGCAGACUGGCCCUCUUCCAACUUAGUUAACCAGGUGGUGAUUAGCUCAACUACUUGAAACAGUUAAGGGUAAUGUGCAGAGGUGACACAAUUGAUCCUUUUUGUUUCCUUGCUUUAAUCUAGUUUUUUACAAACUCCAAGUAAUAAUACUUGCACUACAUUUGUAGCAUCUACAGGAUAACAGUUUCAUCUGCAAUCAAGCCCAAUUAAUAACUAUUAUUGUUACAUGUACCAAUAAUAGCGGAGCUCUUACACACAAAGCGCGCGCAGCGGAGCACCAUGGGUAAGACAAAAUGAGAAACGCUAGCGGCCACUAAUGCAAGGAGAAAAUGAGGGGCAGUGAAAAAAAAAAAAGUGACUGAGAUCACUUACGACAUUUCAUUCCUCCAUAAAAACAUUUCUGGAAGUUUCACAUUGUAGUUGUGCAAAACAACGGCAAAGAAAUGUACAAGAAAAGUGUGCUGCACGUGCAAAGUUGCUUUUUUGCUAAUUAGACCUGUUGCUGUCUUUUCACCAUUCUCUGGCAUUGCAUUCGCCGCUUAGCAUUACACGAUUUUAUAUUUUGUUUGAACAAACUAUAAAUAUUAUUGAGAGCUUCGCUUUUAGCCCUGGCUAAAUCUAUAUAUUAUUACUUCUCUUAAGCAUUUUAAUCCUAAGCACUUCUAUGGCUUAACUGCAGAGAACUUUGCAUUAAUAGUUGUCUUCAAAGAAAUAACUUUAUACCCCCAAUUAUUGAUCAACUUACUGCCCCGCUUUGAAUAAGCACCCCAGUCGCAACCAGCAGGGAAUAAGUUCUUCAUGGGCUAGUAUGUGAAAUUGUCAUUUGAUCUGUAUGCUUACAGAAGUUUUUUGUUUUAAGGGGCAAAAACUCAACCAAAAAGGCCUCCUCUGCCAAAGUCAGUAUCACGGCCAUCAGCAAACACGUCAACAACUUCAAUGUCUGCAUUGUCAACAUCAUCUUCCUCAUCAUCUUCCACCUCCCAUGUGUCUGCAGCAGCUGUCAGAGAAAGGACUGCAAAAUUACCAACCACGCAAGCCUCUCUACAAAGUGUUUCAUCUUCAAUAAGUGAAGGUACUUUUAAAAGAAAAGUUGUAACACAUAACUGUUCUGCCAUUAUGUGCUUUUACCUGUUGGUACACUUUCGGCACACCUUUUUCUGUUCCAGCUGAACUGUUUAGCAUUUUCAUGUUGUCUGUUAAAUUUUUUCCUGUUUUGUUUUUAAAAAAAAAUAAUUAUCAUGGGACAAUUUAUUGUGGUACAUGUAUGUUGAAGUUAAUCUUUCAUGUCAGGUAAGUUUUGGUUUUCCAUUGUUUCAAAUUCAUCAAAAUACAUUACAGUUACCAUGCCCAAAAAGAACGGAAAAUUAAAAUUAACUGAGAAAAAAAUUUAACUACUACAUGUACAUCAAAGCUGCUUUUCCACUUCCUACUGCAUCCAGUUUGGUAAGGCCCUCUGAAUUUCAUAUAACCUAGAAAUACCUGCCUUUUGCAAGGUCUUCACUAAGAUUUCAAGUUGCUGGGUGAAUACAACAAGUAGGCAGGGAAUCAAACAGCUAGGGAUUUCUUUUGCUUCUAUUUUUCCUCUACUUUCCAAUGAAAGUAGUCGGAGACCACAUUCAUAAUUUGUACCAAGGGGAAAUUUCCGGUCCCUGGCUCUUCAUUAGAGGGUAAGGAUAGAGUGAGGGUACUCUGUUAUUGAUAGGCAGGUAUUAAUAUCGAUUUAAAUGUUCUCAAAACAUAGCCAGUCUUAACGUCUUAAUGAUGCUGACAGUUUCAAUGACUGUCAGCCAUCUUUAUCAAAACUUGGAAAACAUUAAAAGUGUCAGAAGCCUUAAAUAGGCUUCUAAAGGUGUUAAUUAUUGUGAUAAACACAAAAGACUGGCUAUGUUUUGAUAUUAACUUCACUAGCCUGAUGAAUUUCUUCAAGAAGGCAGGUAUUAAUUUUAUGCUUUUCUGAGUGAUGACUGUCAUAAAUCUUUUGCAGUGAUUAGCAAUACACCGCAGGUAUCAGUCACAGAAUACCACAAACUUCAAGCUGAAAUUCAACAGUUAAAGAGAGACCUGCAGGUAGAGUGUAAUACCGUUAGUCCUCUAUGAAGCCUCCAGGGGUUUAUUUAUUUCAGGCCCAUUAAUUUCCAUUAAUUUGAGAGCGGGGGUGGGGGGAGGGGGUUACUUAUUUAAUUUAGAAAUCACAAUGGUGUCAUUUCUCCAUAAAGAACUAGAAUAUAAAGUGGAAAAGCUCAAGUGCAAGAUGGUUGGAGGUCAUACAACCGAGGAUCAGAAUCAAAUCCCAACUUCCAGUUGGUGAAUAUACCAUCCUGGAUCAAUCCCACACAAAGUUUUACAGUCGUGAUUGAUUAUUACAGUCCUUCAUUAAUUUUAUUUGUGAAGAACAAUCAGGGGAGGGGAGUGGUCUUAAUAGAGAAGGGGCUUAUUAACUUUCUUCCCCUGAAAAGGGGAGGCUUAUUAGAGGGAAGGGGCUUAUUUGAGAGUGGUGGGCUUAAUAGAGGAUUUAUGGUAAUUAAAAAACUGACAAAGUAUAAAUUAUUAUGAAUUGGUAAAAACAAUGGUGAGAAAGUCAUCAUUUUUUAUUUUUCAUAAUUAUUUAUUCUACGUCAUCUGAUCUAUACUUCAAUAAUUUAUUAUUUUUGAUACUGAUAUUAAGUUUGUGGCAAUUAGUAAUUUUAAAGAUCAGGCUUGGCUGUAAUUAUUGAUGUCCUCAGGUGGGGGUACUCGGGAUUUCAAGUGACAGGGUCGAUCGAAGGAUUUUUUGGGGUUUGAAAUUUUUAAUUCUGGGAUUUUUUUAGGGUAGGAAAAUUUGGCAAGUAUUAUUUUUUUUGGGUGGCUUGAUUUAAGUAGGGUUUUGUUUGGCCUAUCAAGAAUCUGAAGAUUCUUGAUAGGCCCACGUAUUGAUCCAGGCGGUGUAAUGUUUUUAUUUUUCAUGUUAUAUAAAUUAAUGCUUUCGGAAAAAUUUUUAAGGCUCAGAAAUUUCGCAUGGGGUUUUUUGGGGGUUAGUUUUUGGUCCAGGGAUAUUUUUUGGUUUUGAUUUUUCCCCCAUUCGAUCAUCACUGUCACUUGAAAUCCAGAGUACCCUCUGGGCGAAAGCUCCACCUUGUAGGUGAUGAUUUUUGUUUUCUUUCUGGGUUUAAACUGAAUUUUUGUGUAUCACCCAGAGGUUUUUAAAACAACAUUCUUCUCUCUGUGCUAUCUUUCUCUGUACAUGCACUUCCUACAUGUAGAAUGAAAGAGAGAAAACAUUGUUUACAUUCUUUGUUAUCUUUUGUUCAAUAAAAAAACUAUAUAAUAUAAAAUAAAGUGCUUUUUUUCUUGAAAUCAGUGUCAGCUUUAAAUUUUUUUGUCUUGGUUACCUUAUCACAGGCUGCAAGGAAAGAUAAAACAGCGGUGCCUACAGUACAAGAGACUGUGAAAAAUAUAAUUCUUGGGCAGGUAAGUCACAUGAUGGGUGUGUAAUUCAGUUGUAGUUUGAAACAGGUGGAGCAAGAUACAGAAUAGCCUAGAUUAAUAAAUUUUUGAGUCAGUUUCAUAAAUUCAGGAUAUUUGUUGUUUACUGUAUGUCGUUGUUGUUGUUGUUGGUGGGGGGGACUGACCUGUAUGAAAAGUAAUUUAUGGGGUCGCCAGGAUUAAUUGGCAUAAUUAUGCCGUAAAUGCUCUAUCAAGCCCCAUUUGAGAGGGUGGGGGUGCGCACAACAGAGACAGGGAGAUUAUUUGAGAUGGGGGGCUUACAGUAUCUAACUAAGCAAAAGCCAUGGUAUCAGUUCUCCAUGAAGAACAAGAAUACAAAGUGGAAAAGCUCAAACACAAGAAGUUGGAGGUCAUCUAGCCGAGGAUAAAAAAUUACUUGUGAACUUCCAGUUGGAGAAUAAACCAUCCAUUAUUCGUCCACCUGAAGUUUUGCCAUCGUGAUUGCUUCAUACAAUCUAUCAUUUGUUAGUGAGGAGUAAAAUGGCCUAAGAAAGAACAGGGCACAUGAGGGAGAUGUAGGAGAGGGGAGUCUUUUUACACUCCAUUCUUUCUCACGUAUCAUUUCCAAGUGCCUGCUAGACAGGGUAAUCUGGGCAUUGUUAAGACCUUUUUAUCAGGUAGGGGAACACAUAUCACUGAGGAUAUGUAUGUGUAUCCUGGUUCCAGGUAGGGGAACACAUAUCACUAAGGAUAUGUGUUUCCCGUGUAGGGGAAUACAUAUCACUAGGGAUAUGUUUUUCCUGGGUGGGGGAACACCUAUCACUAGGGAUAUAGGUUUCCCGUGUAGGGGAACACAUCACUUGGCAAAAUGUAGGGCAACACAUAUCACUGGGGAUAUGUGUUUCCCUGGUAGGGAACACAUAUCACAAGGGGUAUGUGUUUCAUUGGUAGGAGAACACAUAAUUAUACUACAUGUAGGAAUAUGUGUUUCCUAGCGAGGGGAACACAUAUCACUAGGGAUAUGUGUUUCAUUGGUAGGGGAACACACACAGCUGUAUCAGUAGGGAUAAAUAUAUGUUUCUUGGGUAGGGGAACACAUACAUGUAUCACUAGGAAUAUGUGUUCCCGGGUAGGAGAAUACAUAUUACUAGGGAUGUGUGGUUCCUGGGUAGGGUAACACAUAUCAAUUACUAGGGAUAUGUGUUUCAUUGGUAUGGGAACACAUAUAUUGAGGAAUAUGUGUUUCCCAGGGAGGGGAACACUAGUGAUAUGAUUGUGUUUCCUUUGUAGGGGAACUCAUAUCACUAGGGAUAUGUUUUUCCUGGGUAGGGGAGCACAUAUUACUAGGGAUAUGUGUUUCCAAGGGAGUCGAGCACAUGUUUCCCGGGUAGGGGAACACAUAUCGCUUGCAAAAAGAUGUUGGAAUUGAAAUCUCUCAUUAACAGUCAUCUCUCUCAAAGCGAUGACUCAGGGACCAGUUCUGAAAACGGGUAUGGAUUUGAGAGCCCUAGCCUUAGAAUGGGUGUGAAAAAAAUGGCGUGCUUUGGUCUGAAAUUGAGUCAGGAUUUGGGGAACUGGGUGGCACACCCGUACCAAGAAUUCUAAGGGGUACACUGGACACCCCCACCCCCAGUCACACAGAGUAAUUUGACUGUAAUACAUGUCUACAGGAAAAGUCAGAUAAAGAGGAAAAUGUAUUUGACGUGUUGGAAAUCAUUUAUUUCUUUUACUUGUAGUUUGGUACAUAUUAAUUUUAGGUGCAAGUUUUAUGAUGUUACGUACAUGUAAUGUGACCGUUUUGCUUGUUUAUUACAGCUGUGCAACUAAAAAUUUGACUUCGUUUUAUUUGAUAGCCUUACACCCUUGAGGUGUAUAAAUCACUCCAAGACAAACUAUCCCUCCUCGAUUCAGCCAUUAAAAUGCAUGAUGGGAAUGCCAUCACUGCCGUAAGUAUCAUUGGGAUCAAUUUAGGUUUCUGAGAAACUGCCCACCUACCCCUCCCCUAAGCCAACAUUAUUAAGUGAGAAGUAAGUCUUAAUGUUGGAUUAUGGGAGGGGUAGGUAAGCAGUUUCCCAGAAACCUUAAUUGAUCCUUCAUUAAUAUAUCGCACGAAUAUUUCCCCCAACAGCACGUGCUCUUCUUGGUGACUUUAAGGUCACAUGACAGCUAACCAUAAUACUAUUUCCUUUCUAAAGUCUUUGAGCUUGUGGUUUUGCAAAAGUAAAUCUAUAACUUCAGAGGGUAACACUGCAAUAGACCUUUUUACCGAUACGGCGACCAUAUUGAAUUAAUUCGAUUUUUUUUUUGCCCAGGGGGCAUGAGCUCAUUUCGUUUGUGUUUUCGAACGUUUUUCGGGACAUUUUGUCUUAAUGUUUUCUUAGAAUAAGAUUGUAAUGGGAAACAGAUCCUUGUGCCGUGUUUGGAUGUAAUAAUGAUCGCCUUUUUCCCCGAGAAAUAUAAAGUGAAAGACCAUAUUUCUAAUACUAAACUAGAAAAAGGCGAUCAUUAUUACAUCCAAACACGGCGCAAGGAUCUUUUUUCCCAUUACGAUCUUAUUCUAAGAAAACUUUAAGAAAAAAUGUCCCGAAAAGCGCUCGAAAAUACAAACGAAAUGUGCUCAUGCCCCCUGGGUAUCUUAUAAUACUCCUUAAAUCGAAUUAAUUCAAUAUGGCCGCCGUAUCGGUAAAAAGGUCUAUUGUUACCCGCUAAUCUUGGCCACACUGUUUUCGUGGGCGUCGGCACUGUUGCGUGACCCUCGAAAUACAAGGAUGUGGAGCGGAGAGAGCAACCGGUUGCACUUAAAUACACUAUAAAUCGGCUCAAGGACCACACCGAAAAGAAGAAGCACACAACUUAAGUAAGGUUAGCCGUUGUUCGUUCAUAAACAUAAGUUACGGAAACAAUAUUUUUUCCCUAACAAAGCAGUGUCGGCACUCAUUUCUCAAACUUGGGCUACCUGUAUGUUAUGGAAACCGGUCGUUUCGAUACGAACUCAAGCAGUAAAAUUGCAGAAACAUUUCGAUCACUUCAAGUAAAGUUUGCUGUUUAACAAGAAAAACAGUUUGGGUAAAUAUUCUUCGUUCCCAAGGAGGGGGGACCCGGGAGUAAGGGGGUAUGAAUACCGCAAAACCGCACAGAAUUACGUAUAAACAGCGCACAGGUUAACAUAAGAAAACCGCUUUGAAUUUACUCGAAAAUUUCUAAAAACCGCAAACCGCUUAGUUUUGUAAAACCGCCAUACCCCAACUGAAAAUUAUAAAAAUUUCCGCAAAAUCGCACCAAAAAUCGAGGAAGACCGCAUCACCGCAAACCCUUACGCCACCUCUUUAAGCCAAGCACGUGAACUUACCUAUUUAUACCUCGAAGGAAUUAGCUUUUAUCGAAACGUGUUGUAUUGAGACGACCGGUAACCCUGUAUAUAUCUUUUUGGUCAACCGAAGUAAGUGUGUAAAGUGUGACAAAAUGAAAUGUUUCUCCCAUUUUUUGUAGGCUGUAUUGUUCCUACGGAAAACUGUCAGACCAGGUAAUUUAGCUCAUCAAACUAGGAGGAAGAUCAAAAUCUUCGGACCAAAACAAAGAAAAUACCGGCCGUUGUACUUCUAAACGGAGACGCUGGUUUUUAGUUCAAAUGUGUCAAGAUCUGACUGCCACAGUAUUAUAUUGUUAUUUUAUCCCUUCUAUGCUCAGCGAGGCAGGUGGAGUUCCCUCGAUUUAUAACACACUUUCAAAAAGUGAAAAAAAAAGUGAAAAAAGAACCAGCAGACUUUUCAAAUUGUACAAUAAUUUGUUGUGGUGUAGGUAAAACUGCAACGGUAUAUUACUCUCAUCUAGAAAUUUAGUGCAUGGAUUUUCUCCGGCUCUAAUCUUUCUACCAAGAAACUCAGGUGAAUGCAUGCAUAAAAUCUUACAGAAAUAUUCGUGGGACUAAACAACCCGGGGGGUAGGGGACUUCCUUAUAUAAGCCAUAUAGGUGUGUGCUGCCCCAAAGAGUAUGGUUUUUUGCGCCGUUUUGGUCUGAAAACUGGUAUAGACUUUGCCCAUUUUGGUCUGGAAUCGGGAAUAGUUUUCAGGGAGCUACGGUGGUGUAUAAACAUAUUUUUCGAUUGGUUCCAAAUUAAUAGGAAAUAAACUCAUAAUAUGCAAAUUUGUUGGCGCUCUAAUCUGAGUAAUGAUGUUAUAAUUUCUGUCUAUGUAAACAUGUAUGUUGCGUUCUGUGACCUCCUCCAGAUCUGAAAACGGGUGUGGAAAUGACAUUUUUUGGUCUGAAAUGGGGCCAGGGUUUUUUGAGAACCGGGCGUCACAACCCACCAAAAAUUCCUAGGAGCACCCCCCGGGGCCCACAAACAAGCUUUCGGGGGCGUGGGCUCGCUGGCAGGCCAGAGUUUGGUGAGCCGAUCAAAACUCAAAUGCAAACUUUCCUUUACUUGAUAAUUUGAGAACAGUUAUAAAAUCCUUGAUUUAUUUCUCACAUUUUAUAGCGAUUCUUCGUGAUGAGUUAAGAACGCGUCCCAAGGCUGUUGACCACUUAAGCAAAUACCUCAAGGAACAUUACGAUUACACUGAACUAACAGAGCUGUAUAGGUAGGCCUUGUUUACCGCUGUAUGUGUGUACUCCAGUCCGGUAAAACGUUUUUAAAGGUCCCCCUAUGUUGUCAGCCAAACGUUUUCCAUAAUCCCAACGGUUUCCUCGGUUAAUCCCCCAUCCCGAAUAUACGUGUAAAUUGGGUCGAUUCCCCGAUUAUCUUCGGAAAACUUAUGGAAGAUAGUGGGGGUAACAAACGGGUCCACACUUGUGUUCACCGUUGAAACGUUUUCACUUGCAAUCGAGUUUAGUAGUCUCCCAAGUAGCCGUUCUUCGUUUCGUCACGCAUUGUUCCUCAGGACCUUUGUGUGAUGAGACCCAGAGCGGCUGCGUGACAGACUAUCCGUUAUUUAUUGGGUAAUAAUUUACCUAAUAAUUGAAGCAAAAUUUGACGAAACGCGAUCUUUAAAUUUUGCAUGACUACAGUCAUUGUCUUACAGUCAGAGAAUAAACAGACUCCACCGCUAGUACUUGUAUUGGCAGAUUUUAUCAUUCGUUCUCUCCCCCACUACUGAGAAACCAUGUGACAUUGCUAUUAUCUCAAUCUUCUUCAGGUUUGUCCAUCCGUACCCUUGUUGUCUUCCCUCCGAUUCACGUAUGGAGCUGUUAUUUUUAUGUUUCACCGCUCAAUUCAGUGGCAGUUCCCCCUGUUUGAAUUGUGAUAAUAGGGAGGUUAAGCAGCGAGCAAGCGGAAGUGGACUUUUUUUGUACACUUUGGGCAAAUCUUCUCUAUAACGCCCCGUGCAAACGGACGCAACAUUGUUGGCCAACAACUCCCAACAUUGUUGGAUGUUACAUUUUGCGUCCGUUUGCACAUCCUGUUGCAUGUUGUUGCGUGUUGUUGCGCAAAGUUUGAAACCGGUCAAACUUUUCAGCCAACAACUCCUAACAUUUUUUUUGUUCCUUGAUCGCCGAAGCGUAGCGCAACAAUGUUGGAUCCGUUUGCACAGCUCUUCCAACAUUGUUGGGGCCACGCACGCUCAUUACGCAUGGAUUACAAAGACUUAUGGGUUGUAUCCUUCCCACGAUGCACUGCAGGUCCCAACGUUGUUGGGAGUUGUUGCAUCCGUUUGCACACCACUGCCAACACGCACCCAACAACUCCCAACAUUGUUGGCGCAACAAUGUUGGGAGUUGUUGCCCCCGUUUGCACGCAGCCUAAGAGUAAGGCAUAUAGACCUUGUCACGGUUUUGGACGCCAUCUUGACGAGUAGGCAAACGGGUGAGAAAUUACAGUGUUUGUAUGAGAAUCUAAUGUCGAAUAAUUUCCUUAAAACGGCUGUUUUGAAAAAGAUAUCAAUUGUAAACUAAAGCUACAAAGCAAAGGAUUGUCCUAAAACAUUUUGGAGGCGUACCUGUGCUUAAAUUUUUCCAGAGGUUUGCUUUUGGAUUUUCCACAUGUUUGUCUGUAAUUUUUGCGGGACUUUCCAACAGACAAAUGUAUAGGAAAUUUAAAAAGUGGUUCUAGGUCUUCUAGUGCAUGUAACGCCCUCAAAUUUUUUCAGUAGAAUCCUUAGGAGUUAAGCUUUAGUUUACAAAUCAUAUUUUUUUCAGAACAGCUGUUCUACGGAAAUUAUUGGAAAUUAGAUACUCAUACAAACACUGUAAUUUCCCACGCGUUUGCCUACUCGUCAAGAUGGCGUCGAAAUCCGUGACAAGGUCUAUUAAAAGAGAAAAAAGCUCCCUUCCGGUUAACGUGUAUCGCUCAAAAACGUUGCUGCUUGAGCUCCAUUAUUUCGCAACACAACUCCUGUAAACUCGUGAAAAGAUAGUGGGUAUCAUCAAUAAGGUCUAUUAUGAAAAGUAUCUGUAUUCUUUUUACUAUUUUUUCAGGUCUGUGGGUGAAUACGAAAAGGCAGCGGUAAGCUUACCAUUUGAUCUUAAAGGAGGUUGGACACGGUCCGAAAUGCAUCUUGGUAGGAGUACUCAACCAAUCACGUUGCGAUAAUUCGCCCCAUGAUACCUUGUACGCGGUGUCCAACCUCCUCUGAUUUGAGCUGUUAAUUGACUAAAUUGCACUCGGCCCGUAUUUUUAUUUUUAAAUUACCUAACACGUAAGCAUCAAUCAUCAAAGAGUACUGUACAUGGUAAUACAGGCUUGAUUUCAGUGGGCAGGCGUUUAGUUAUUACUCCCAAUCAAAACAACAUUUUUAAAUAAAAUCAAUUAUUAUAUAACCACCAGAGAAAUACCCGGUGAAUUUCGCGCGAAAGCGUAGUAUCUUCACAUGUGAACUGACAUAACAUCUUCACACACUCGAAGCGAGAAUUCGUAUCUCCGCGCGUCCAUGUAAUAUACUCUACUUGUUAAGCUCAUUCUUACUUGAUUUUAAGUUAUCCGAUCAUUCUCUUCAAUGUGAAAUAUGCGAAUGUGUGUUUUAAAGUUAAGAUCUGGCAUUCUUUUUCAGAUGCUUCAAUUCAAUCAAGCCGUUAAAUCAAAAGAUCCUGGCGUAAGGUUAACCAAGCUUAAAUAUAUUCUCAGGUAUUUUUUCUUCUUCUCCUUUUUUUUUUGCUGCUGUGUCUGUCAUAUUUAUUUCUACCCUUUAAUAACGCCUUUUUCAGUUAGUAAAAAGUAAAAUAUUAUUAAAUAUUUUGUUCAUACCACUCAAAUAACUUGAAACAGAAAAUCCAAAUCUGAGCUACAAGUGGCCGGCCCAUGCCGUUCAACGAAAUCGUACUUGAGCUCGGACAUGCAUGCUUGUACAAAGUUAAUACGAAAGAUAAUAGUUUUGCAGAUGAAUAAAAUCUACCUUACGCGCGAGUGAAUUGACGUACCAACCCAGUACCUUUGUUGCAGUGAGUAUCUGGCAAUAACCAGUCUACCUGUGAUUUCCGCGGCUACCAUGCCUAAUUUUUGUUCAAGACUCGUAUUGCGUCCUUGAUCGAGUCCGAAUAUAUUUGCAUGGUUACUAAGCCAGAAAUGUGUCCUUUCAAGACAGAAUAAUAAUUUGCAGCCCCGCAAAGUAAAACAUAGUAGGUCCCAAAAGCCCAAUUUACAGGAGACAGCCCAGUUGGCUACUUACAAGCGUGGCCGAGGAGGGGUUGGACUGGGCACGACUGAGAAACAAAUUCAGUUUUACAAUAACUGGGCGACUUCUCGCGCGCUGAUUGGACGAGAGCUAUGGUCGAUAAGAGUUUAUACAAUGAUGUGAAAGCUACGCGCACUGUGAUUGGUCGUUUCUCAUGAUCUGUUAAAGUACAGACACAUGGAUGAUGUUACGGGAAACUUUUUUUUAGUUUUGUUUAACAUGGCACGCGGUUUUGAAAAAUUUGUGACAUUAUUUCGGAUUAAGCAAGCGAAAUCCUCGUAAGAAAAUUAGCAGGAUCGAUUUACAAACAACUAGAUUCCAUGUUGCCGUGGUUCUGUUUUCAUAGAUAGUGAAGCUCUGCCUGCAACUACACAAUCAACGAGAUCUACCGGGUCAUCGAGCAGCAGUGCUAUUACUUAUAUCCCUAAGGGAAUUAGAACUGUUACUUAUCAACGCUCAUUUUUCAUACGCGCGUGCCGCACAUGGAAUGUUUUGCCCGCUGGGUUACGCACAGGUCACAUCUCUCUAGCCUUAUUCAAGCGUUCACUACUUCAAUAUUACAAUAAGGCUCUGAACCUGUACGACGUUGACGACGUCAGAACGUGGAGAACAAUCUGUCCCAGGUCCAACAUAGCGAGGACUCUCCUGUGCCCGCCGACGUGCUGCUUCUAGCAAUUUGAACUUCUGUUUUGUUUCCUUUUAAUUUUCUUGUUUAUAUAUCAGUGGCUUUAGUUAUUCUUAUGUUUUGUUUUUUAAUUAACGAGGGAUCCACUGUGAUUGGUUAGGCUGUAGUGGUCUCCCUGCCUAAUAAUUUUUAUGUAUUCAUGUAUAAAGAUUGUAUUCUAGUUAGGCGAAGCUAAAUAAAUGAAUAAAUAAGUUUAGUAAUAGAUCAUAGAAGACGGCAAAAUGUGGCAAAAACGGCAGUGACACGCUCGAAUGCGGCUCUUGUGCCACUUACUGAACAGACGCACGGUAACAUGGAAUGUAUUUGUCAAACAGACCAUGGAAAAGGCAUAAUGGUGUUGCAAAACUUCUUGUGAAGUAGAUGUCAAAAACUGUCAAUGAAAUUUCCAAAAAAGAAAAUCAAUUUUGGUGUAUUCCUUUAUCGACCAUAGAAAUGACGUCAAAAUGUUAAAAACUUUGCAGUGAAAUCUGCGGUUCACGGUUCCACAUGAGAGUGAACAUUUUGACGACACGUCUAUAGUCGAUAGGAUUAAAGAGUAUUGAAAUUGUUUAGCCUUGUUAAGAGGUCAGAGCGGGAAUCAAACUCACGUAGUCUCCCAAGCAGCCGUUAUUUGUCCGUUACGCAACGCUCCUCCCAAAAUACGAGCUUUGCGUGAUUAAACAAUGCCGGAACGGCUGCGAUAACCGAUAUAAGGCUGCGUUCGCAGCCUAUGGAGGCCAGAACACCUGUUCCUUUUGUGCGAAGAACCGUUGUGUGACGAUGCGUUGAAUAGGUGUUAAGGAGACUGCGCCGUAGUAGUCACUUCAUUUGCGCGGUUUUAGUUUAUCUCUUUUCUAAUGGUCCAAUUUUAUUGUUUUCAUUCCAGACAUCAUUUUGAAGGCUAUCCGCAGCUAAGUGAACAAACAAAUUAUCUCAAUGAAUACAUAGAGUUACUCGAGCAGCAAUUACUCAUCGAGGUAAUUCAUAUUGAAUAAAUCGUGCUACGGAGUCUAUUCGGAAAAUAAAUAAGCCCCUCCAUUUAUAGCCCCGCAAACCGGUAAUGCGAAAAACCCUCCGUUAAAUCGCCCCUCCAAAUAUAAGCCCCCCGGGGGUUUGUUCUUGGAAAAUUGCCCUCGAAUACAAAGUAAAAUAAAGCAAAAACGGUAACCCAAUCGGUUUUGAAACGCAAAUUUCCCUCCGUAGAUAACCCCCUCCGAAGGUAAGCCCGUCAAGAAGGGCCUUUGAAAAAUAUAAGCCCCGGGGCUUAUUUUCGGAAUUCUACGGUACGUUUCUUUUUAUUAUAACGGCUAUCAAACAGACAAACUUUUCUUGUAAGAAAUACUGUACAUUUCGCGCGUAGUCGCAUAUUGAUCCUCAGUUAAAGAAGAAUAAAUAUGAUAGGCAAAGUAACCAUAAAAAUAUCAUCUUCAUAGAUUUGAUGCAGAAAAUAUUAUGGAGUAAUCAACGGGCGCUAGCUCGGUCACGUGCUAGUCACCUCAACUGAUUUAUGUCAGCUUUGUUUUGAUUGGCUGAGAGGCGUGCACGAGUUUUUUUUUCUUUUUCAACCAAGCACAAAGCUUGUGGUAAAGCAGGAUUAGAACAUGCUCGAAUACUUUCCACCGUUUCAUUUCUUUCAGCUUAAGCCACGUGCAAACGGACGCAACAACUCUCAAAAUUGUUGGGCCAACAAUGUUUGGUGUUGUCGCGUCCGUUUGUACACCUCUGCCAACACGGACGUAACAACUCCCAACAUUGUUAGCCCAACAAUUUUGGGAGUUGUUGCGUCCGUUUGCACGUAGCUAAAAGUUUGCUCGCUUUCAAACUUUGGGCAAUAACUCCCAACAACACGUAACAACAUACAACAGGGUGUCCAAACGGACGCAUCAUGUAACAUCCAACAAUGUUGCGGCCGUUUGCACGGGGCUUUAGACAGGGUAGACCGUUGCAAAACUAAUACGUCGCCUGAGUAUUGUCGUUUUUCUUCCAAUCUUUUAUAAGGACGCAGAUUCAAGAGCUGAAAGUGCGCGGAAAAAUCAAGUGAUGGUGGCGCAUCCAAGACAGGCCUCAUUGCCGUUAUGCUCUUUAAUCGUUACACUGUAUUACUGUUGCCGUUAUCACUUUGGAGAACCCGAGGUAAAAGGGAUUUUUGUAUCAACUGUUUUGGGUAUAGCUUACUAUGGCAUGAGGCACAAAUAUAUUAAAGAAUCAAUAAUAAGUUAAACAAAAUUAGAUAACUAAAAGUCAGCUCAUUGGUAAAUAAAUUAAGAAAUUAAAAUACAUGUAUAAAUACACAAAAAAUAGAAAAUAAAAAGGAAAACUUUAUACACCCGAGUGGGCAGGUGAGGAUGAGACAAAAAAGGUCCAUACUAGCCACCGCCCGUCUCUCUUCCUUGCAGAAUUAACUGCCAUUGGCCAAGCCGGUUUCUAGCUUUGCGCGCGCCGUCGUCACUGAAUUCGCGUUUUCGUUUGUUAAAACUCCCUAUUUACUCGAAAGAGCGUCAUACACCCUCCAAAUGCUUAAUGAAAUUAUUCAUUUGGUGUUUUUAAGAUUUUAUUGGUUUUUAUUGACGCUGCUUUAAUUCUGAGAAGGGGGCGUAGGCCUUAUGGUGUUAUAUUCUGUUUUAGCAAAACAUAAUUCCUGUCACAAGUUAAUGACAUGGACAACGCAGUAAGCCUGAUGUGGUUCUUACUUACUUUGGUUCAUUUCCGAUAGGUGAGUUGUUAGCCUGAUAGUUUCCUCUCUCCUUUUACUGCAGAACACCUUUACUAGUCCACUGGCUAUUCGUAGCAAGUUUAAGGUGAGUAAAGCCCUUUUCUUUGGGGGAAAGGGACGCUUUAUAGUUGAGCAAGAAAGGCAGCUAAUAGCGUAAAAUCCCUGUUAAAAGCUCCUUGGUUAGAGGCUUCACUACCCGUUAACAAAAGUAAUAAAUAAUGCUUGUUGCUGCGGAGCGACCGAAGGGAGCGAGCAGCAACAUAAUCAGGAUUUAAAGGAAAUAUAUAAGGGGCGACGAAUUCUCGAAUUCAUCACUUUUUACCACAAUGCAUUGCAUUUAACCACACUUUUUACCACAAUGCAUUGCAUUUAACCAGAGUGCAUUGCGCCACGAACAACUCAAAUAAACACGGGGAAGUUCAGUGGGUGAGAGAGUGCAUCGUUCGCUGCUCAGACUUUUCUACAGCACGGUUAGAGGUCUUACCAAAUUUUAAGACACGCAGGAGUCUUUCAGAUGAGUACGAUGGUUAAACUUGGGCAUUGGAUUUCAAUUCAAGAGCCUUUUUGACUCGUCCAGGUGUUAAACCUGACGAGAAGAUGAGCAUUUGCUCUUCGACUCCGCAACACGGGGGAUAUACAAAUUCCAGCUUGCUAGAAGGUGAUAUGAAAGGGAGAAAAUGUCAUGCAAUGCUAUUCUUAAGAAACUGUAUGAGCCGAAAAUGGAUGUGAUUUUGACCAUUCGCUUCAAAAUAACAGCGGAAAUCGAGAUAACAAAACAUAUGUUUUGUGUCCUAUUUUGCAGACGAGGACGUGUAUCGGCGUUUUGAAAAGCAUAAUUAUGUUCUUUCAUUCAUUUAUUGCCAUGGAAUAUGCGUUUACAUUGUUUUUUCACUGUCAAUAGCUCGGUUAAUGCGGCUGGCGAUCAUCUUGCCGGCGGAAGUUUCACGGAAAAGGAAUAAAAUAAAAGACUUUUCCUAAAGACUACGUAGUCAGUCUCUGUGGUGUAGUGGUUAGGUGUAGUCGCCUCGAGUGGACGUUGCCGGGUUCGAAUCCUACUGAGUUAUUUAUUCCUUCUUCCUUUUUUUUCCCGUUUUUUGUGUUGUUCUUUUCUAUAAAUAUAUAGCUAAAUAACUGUUACUUAAUAAAGUGCAACAAACAGCAAGAAAAGUAUUGUGUUUCCAGAGAAAAUAUCGUGCACCGUAUAUUAAAUAUAUGGAUAAACGAUCUGAAUUUCUAUUAUUUCCUACAAUUUACUGUGGGAAAAUCAGAGUUGAUAACCACUUGAUCAUUUUUUAAACAACGUUCCCACGAGUUCUUUCUAUAGACUGAUAGUAAUUAUUCAGUACUUUCCAACAUGUAAAUAGGACAUUCAAUGUCAUUUUUGAUUCUUUUAAGUCUCACUGCCUAACUAAUGCCAGUAUCAACAGAAUGUGUCGCAGCAUUACUAUCUUUUAGAUACCCUAGUUUUUAUUAUAUAAACACCAAUGAAAUAUCAGGCGAGCUUUCACGCGAAAACUUGAUAUCUUCACAUGUGAAAAUAACAUGUUAUCGUCAUUCGUGAAAUAUCACCGUUGCUAUGGCUACAUAAUAAAUCGCGCCUUUCACAGCAAAAAACUAUUUAAGUGAAAUGAUUUGGUGCUUCAUCGGUGUUUAAAAAAUAAAUAGAACAAUACUUGGCCGCUUGGAGAUACGAGAUUUCUCUUCUCGUGUUGAAAAUAUAUUUCACUCGUGAAAUAUUUGCUCACGUUUGAAGAUAACGUGUUAUUUUCACAUGUGAAGAUAUCAAGUUUUCGCGCGAAAGCUUACCUGGUAUUUCAUUGGUGGGUAUAUGAUAAAUAGAGGAUAUUACAUGGAGGCGCGGACAUUUCGUAUGUCCGCGCAGCCAUGUAAUGUCCUCUAUGUAUGCCUGAAAAAUCACCCGGAUUUUGUCCUGUUGAUUGUAAAUUGUAAGGUCAAAGCCAAUGCAGUCCCCCUCGCCAAUCACAGCAACUUUAGGCAAUCAAACAAACCGUCUCUAGCUCUGGAUGGUACAUUACAUCGUCUGUCUCUGCUUUAUCUUUCUAGCUAUCCGACAAACAGUACGAGUGGACAGCGCUCUCUUCUCGAGCCAAACUCAAACAGUGGAGAGGCCUGGAGCAGAUGUUCACAGUUAAGGUGUGUAUGGGUUCUCACCAUGUUACUCCCAAAUGUGUAGGGAGUCAAAUUCUGUAAAAACUCUCGAAUCUUGUAAUGUAAAAUAUAGAGAAACAAAUAGUUCCAUGUAAAUAUAAUGCGAAAAGAGGUUUCAAAGAAAUGGUCACAUUAUAGAAAUUCAUCGACAGGGUGCAAAGAAAAUCAUUUUUACAGCUUGCCAUUCGGGCAAGCUGAAGCUAACAUUUACUAGCCCAGAUGUCAUUUCAACUAGCCUCAAAAGCUUUUUUAAGAGCAGAAUUGAUCUCACAAUUCUUCUGUUAUUCGAAUUCCUCAAAAAAGAUCACUUUCCCGUCGGGCAAGUUAACAACAAGAUUCACUAGCCCGAUAACAAAAUCCACAAGCCCCGGGCUAUCGGACACCACCUUCUUUGCACGCUGAUCGACCUAGCAAACCCACAAAUUACCAGUUGGUGAAUUACCCAGGGAAUGAGAGCCUUAACACUGUAGAAAGUUUUUACUGGCUUUGCGCGAAGCGAAGUCGAUGGUAGAUUUCUGUUCCCUUAUUAAUACCGCAAACGUAUGUCAAAAAGAAAGACUCCCCAGACCCGAAAGGUAAUCAAUGGAUACCUAAAGAGAAUACACAGACUUUUUUGCAGUUAUCAUUGUGUUUUGCUUCCAAGUCCCCACUUGAUUUAAAAGGGGCUUUGUCACGCUAUUUGCUAUCCAGCCCUUUAAAAAGGCAUAAAACGUUUCUGGGAAUCUGCCCACCUGCCCCUCCCCUAAACCAACAUUGACACUUACUUCACCUUCACUUAGGCAAAAUGUUGGCUUAAGGGAGGGUAGGUGGGCGUUUCCCAGAAACGUAUCCAAUUUAGUUUUUGUAUCAAUUGAAUUUCAAAAAUAAUGGUCCAGUUUUGUUAUUUAAGACUAUAUUUAACCAUUGAAACUAUUUCUUGUCGUCUGUUGCAAUGGCUGGUAAGGAUGGACAUGGAUUACUCUUUCAAGUACAGUAAAACCCCGCGUAUAAGAACCUGGGUUUUAAGAACCCGUUAGGCUAAAAUUUUCAUUUUAAGCCCCCUCCACAUAAGCACCUAUUAAGGCUAAAAUUUUAAGUUAGGUUAUCAGUGGAACUGGAGUUAUGAAUGUACUGUAUUUGUCCCAAGAUUUUCUUGGUAUCAACUUUGAAAUGGCAUUUCAGAGAACUGACUAUGAGUUUGUUUGUUAUGUUUUGUUAAGGACAUACCUGCCCUGUGCUGCCUUGAGGCAUUACUGUAUGGUAUAAAUGAUUUAUAUUGUAUUAUAAGAUGAUAUUGAUAAUAUAUUUGAAUGAAAUUCAUAUGAGAAUAUAAGAACCUAUUUUAAGAACCUUGGUAGUCUAAAUUUGCUUUAAGUGCGAUUUAUGUAAGAACCUGUUAAGGCUGAAUUAAAAAAUCCAGGUUGUUAUACGCGGGAUUUUACUGUAUUUAUAAUGCAAAGUCGGCAAAAAUCACCAAAAUGUUAUGGUUAAUUAGUGCUCCUUGAUGAAGUGUAGGUGAUAUCUUCUAUUUAACUCUACGGGAGAAUCUUUUUAUGGGUAAACGCACAAAGUAAUGCCUUCAACAAAGAAUUGAUCUAAAAUAGCAAAAUCCUCGUGACAUAACUUCCUUGAAAAGUACAGUUUGGGCUAAAUUGUUGUCUUCUCUGUUUCAGGGAUUUUUUGGUUCAGUGAAAAUGAAAUCAGUCAUCGGAUUUAAGCAAGUUGUUGAGCUUCUUCAUCAGCAUGGAGCUCCUGAGGAGGUAUGGGACUGGUGACUAAUUGAAAUUGAUAAUUUAUUGUUAUGGACAGAAGUAUCAAAGCAGGUUUUAGAAAUAAACUGAAGCAAAUUGUAGACGGUUAGAACCGCACUGUCGUAAAUAUUGUGUUUGAAUGGUAGUACUUAAUUUCAGCCACCGUUUACUCAAAUGUUAGAGUCAUCUUUUACUGCACAGCAGACAAAUCACGUACAGUAGCUCGGAUUUCUUGUCCCGAGGCCAAUAGGACAAUUGCGCGAUGACGAUAUUUGACUACAACUACCAGAAUUCAUUUCGUUUUUGCUUUGUUAUUUAAAUUUGCCAAUUCCGCUGAUGAUAAAAGAACAAUAGCCUUAAUUUGCCCCUGUAGUAAAAUGACGUCAUCGUGCAGUUGUCCUAUUCGCGCUGUCCGAAUAAGCGGGGAGGCUUGGAACCAAAGCCAAUAGCCCAGACAGAUUGACUGGUGACGUCACAUCCGAACUCACCCAGAACUGGGAACGAUGCUGGCGUCAAACGUAACAAAAAAGACAAAUAUUGUAGAGCGAAAUAUUUUUUUGUAAUUGUAACUGUAAUUUGUUUACCCACAGAGCAUUUAGGAGUUCUUAAGAGCUUGUUGAAACGUGUUCAUGUUCUUCCAGAUCGAAUUAGAAUUUCGAAGUGUUGGUUUUUAAGGAUAGGGAAAACCGGAGUACGCGGAGAUACAUCUCUCGGUGCAAAGGAGAGAAGGAAUAACAAACUCAACCCACAUAUGGCGUCCUAGCCGGGAUUUUAACCCCGGGCGACGUUGAGUGGAGGCGACUGCUCUCACCAUUACGCCACCCUCAACAACAUCACUGAAAAGUAGCGCUUAGAAGCUUUCGUUUGAACGGGCGGGCGAUUUUGCCAAGAGAGGUUAGAAUGUUUUUUGUUGGUUUACCUUGCAGGUGUUGAACACUUAUUUGAAAUUAAUAACCGAUGCAAACGAGAGACUCUCCUUAGCGACAAAACUGAAAUGCCACAAUAUGGCAAUCCAGGUGAGUUUGUAUUGGUCACUUUAUAUACUACAUUGUAGUUACUAAAUCUUCAGAAAUCUAAUUCGGUAAUUGUGGACCCUUUCCGGGUUAAAUGGGAAUUUGGGCAUGUUGGCGAAUUCAGCAGUGUCCCUUGUCCAUUAAAGUAGUUAUCUCAAGUCCUUUUGAGGCCCCUUUGUCAACAAUACGCCUCUUAAACGCAGUCCGGUGAGAUCGAGAAUAUCCUUUUUAUAAUACCCUUUUUACCGCAGUCUUUUUGUUAACCCCCCUCCCCCUGGAGCCGAGCGUUAAAGUAAAUAAAAAAUAGUAGCCUCUUAGAUCGCAAAUGGAAAGAUUUGUGAACAUGACCUCUAGAUCUGUCCUCCAUCCUCCUUCCUCUUCCUUUUAUGUUCAUUGCAGUGCACAACGUUUUCUAUGUCGAAUACCCUCACAUCUCCUCGGUCUCUCUCAUCAGCUAUUUCUUAACAUUUCCAUGGUAACGAGGGUGUUGCGCUUAUCAGAUAAAUCAAAUUGCAAUGCCACUGCCUUGUGGCAUAACGCAAACUAGCAAUGACUACCGGUUAUUGUUCGUCUUCCUUGAAGUCACGUGCGUCGCCUGGAGCAGUAAGGAGGAACAGUCGAAUGCCUUAUACUUAAACGAGUUAAACAAUCGCUUUUGCGAGAAAACGCGAAAAGUAAGGGCGUUAAUCGUUCUCGCUCACUCGACCCCCCACCUGACUUUUCUUGCAAGAAUGUUAUUGACUAGAGUCGAAGCUAUCUGUAUGAACACUGUUACGGAUAGGCCUAGUCCCAAAGAUACCAAACUCUACCUCAGACACAUAUGCAAUGCAGGCUCUUGCGGGACUGCAUCAAAAAGGUGUAUUUGUUCUCUUAGUUCAUAAAACUCAUGUCUAUGUAAUCGAUAGGGCUUCCCCCUGACCCUGGACAUGCUGUUACAAUCCUUCAUGCUAAUAGUUACAUAUACAAUGUCAUGUAAUAUAUCAAACAUGAGAUGCAGUGUUUCAUCACCAGAUGAAACACCGAGAAGAGAGUUGAAAAUACGACGCGCAGCGGAGUAUUUUUGACGAACUUCGAGGUGUUUCAUCUGGUGAUGAAACACUGUGUCGAAUGUUUGAUAUUUCUUCUCAAACAAAAUCAUUUUUGAAGGAGAAAUUAAGGAUGCAAAUACUGAGCAGUUUUUCAUCCGAUUUCCAAACACUCAUUAAACAUUAAUUUUCUUUGUAUUUUCUUUAUGAAUUAUUAAUGAGUUUGAGAAAUAAUAUUGACCAAUGUCCAGCCUUAUUGACCUCUUGCUCGGUCAAUAACGCAUUUAGCUUGCUAUUAUGUGCAUUUUACGGCAGACGUUGGUUGCGAUGAAGGACCGACAACAGCUUGAUAAGUACAGGAGCAAUCUGCGAGGAACAGCCCCAGAGCAGGCUAAAAUCACCGAAUAUCUCAGCAACUCGGUAAGCUUUUAAAAUUACAGGGUCGUGCCGUUGUUUUGCUUUAUGUGUUUUUGUAAGACAUCCGGUCAGCGCACUGUGUCAAAGCCAGGAGUACUAAGCCACAAUCAUUGACAAUACGAGCUGAUACAUUGUUUAACAAAGGUCAUGGAUUCCAUGACGUAUUUAGUAUACGUUUCUAACGUCGUAACAAACACCUCAAUUAUCUCCCUUCCCUCUCUACUUCCCUAGAAUAUUCAGUCACGGACCUUUACAGAAGAAGCAACAACACUAUUGUAGCGCGCUUGUUUUGGUUUAUGCCUUAUAGAACGAGGAAUACUACUGUUAGAGCGUGGUCGUUUGGCUUGCUUAUAUGACGAGGAAUUAAUACGAUCUGUAUCGAUCAAGCAUACGGACUGUUACGAUCCGUACGGAUAGUACAGAUCGUACGAACCGUAACACACUGUGCUCUGAUGUAAUCAUGAGAUGCACGCUCCGUAUGCUGUCAGAAUACGGAUGCUGACGGUAAUGCUUACGGUUUGUACGGAGCGUACGAUCCGUCAACUGUUCUUAACGGUCCGUAACAGUGCGGUAGUAUCGGACAUGACCGCUGGGGUGGGGCCAGGUUCGAGGGGGUGAGGGCUGGGCUACUUGUCCGAACCGCUGGAGUCAUUUAAGUAGUUUCACCCUUCCUUGCCGUUGCACAUUCACGCUGUCCAUGCAGUUCAUGUUUGAUUCUACCAGUAAAGGACACAGCUUAUGGGAAUCUUUCCUCCGGUCCGAUGGAUGUAUUUAGGGACAUUCGGCCCCCUGGAUCCAUCAUUGGCUUUUUAUGCUAUCGUAUUUCCAUCAAAAGGUGUCUAGUCACUUCAUUGUUAGAUUAAUAAGUUCGUAGUUCCUUGACUUACUACCAGCUUCUGUCGUAAUGCUUGUUUACCACCAGCGCAGGCUUCCUGUGGUCUGUCACGCAACGACCCUCCUGGUGGGGAAGAGUGCGUGACGCGCCAAUAGAGCGUAAGUCUAACCCAACCCUUCUCCUCCCCGUUUAAGUUUCAACCGCUCACGCCUACCGUCAUCGUUGCGCGCUUGCGGAUCUUUUCUUAUUCAGCGACUAGAGGAGUUUUCUUCUUGCCCUAAUUAACAGGUUCUGUUUAUUUAUCUAUUUAUUCAUUUAUUUUGUUUUUAAACACAGCAAUUGCGAUGGAAGAACUAAACAGAAAACUGUCACGAUUGAAUGGAAGAAUCAAAAUAUUGUAUCCUGGACUAGAAUAGAUAUUUUUUAUUUCUUUAAGAGGAUAUACUGUACAUAUAAGAUUUUUGUAGGCUUUUUAAAAAAGUAAUGUUUAAGUUCAAUAAAAGUCAUUUCAAAAAUGCAAUUUAUGCGUGUGCGACUUGCGUCCAACGUGAGGCUAAUUAGCAAAGAAUCGCUGCUUUUAAAAAAAGAGUGAUAUCGCAGAGUAUUGAGAACACUUUGGGUGAGGCGUUGCACGAAUGAAGAUAUUGGGAAGGAGAUGAAUGUCAUUUCCGAUUGGUUAUUACAGUAUGUCAGGAAAAAGAAACGAUUUUUUCCGUCAUGUAACCAGGCAAUAUGCAUCUCUUGGAAGGGAAGGAUAGGGUGACCUACAGUCAAAUGGAAACAGACCGUAAAGGAGCGGUUUUUUUGGCUCUAUGGAGAGGGUAACAAUGAUGGCUCAAAACAGACCAGUGCAUCAAGCUGCUGUGUGAGAAGCCACGGUCUAAAGAGAGAGUAUGUACUACUACGACGACGAUUAUAACAUCAGUAAGUAUGGAAUAUUUGUGAUUUGUACAUUAUGCUCGCAUUUUUUUAGUAUUAUAGUGAGGCAAAAGCAUUAAGCAUUAUUUGAUCAGUUAAGUGGCAUUUUCCUGGUAAAUUAGGGUUUUUUUUCUUACAGAAAAUUAAUUGAAACAUUUUUGGAGAGAUAUGACGAGUUUAAAAAUAAUUCAAAAAACUAUAUUCAAAUUUCACGUUAAUACAGCUAUAUGGAUGAUCUUUUUGCUAUAUUCAAACUGUUCAUUUUCAUACAUUGUUGUCAUACCACUUAUACAUUUUUGUUAGCCUUAAACCCCCCUUAAAAUGUUUAGAAUUAAUUUAAAAAAGGCCUCUCUAUGAUGAGCAUUAUUGAGCAUUUUAGUGAAUUUAGUAGGGACUAUCGAGCCUUUUUGUGGGAAAAAUGAAGCAUUAAGGUGGAUCAUCCUAGUGGGGAAACAAAAGCGUAAUGUACAAAGGGCUAACCCUAUUUUGACAGCUGCGUGUCAAUUGACCAUAACAUGGGUGUCCAAUAUCAACACAAGUAACUCAUUGGACUCCUCCCAGGGCUUUUUCCUACUUGGUCCCCGGAGCCACUGAGGAGAGGACCCAAGCUGAAAUCUUACAUCAGCUUACAUGGAGGGGCGGCCAUACGGACGGACGAUUUUGUCACGAGCAAAAUUCUUGGAUGCAUAGAUGAGCAAAUUCUAUUACCCACGGCGCUCCGCUGCGCGCUUCGUUCACGUGAGAGGUGAGAGCUUCGCGUAAAAAUUUCCGAACUUUGCGUACUUUUUGCAACCCUCUGCGCAUUGAAGCAUGCUGAUCAAAUUAAAAGUGUUGAAUAAUAAUGAUAAAUAAGUUAAGUUCAAAGGAAAGUUAGUCACCAAAAUGUCUUAUUUUGUUACAAAAAAACGCUAUCUUUUGGCAUUUUUAUUCAUUUUUCUAGACGGCUAGCAGUCUAAAUUUUUCCUUUCCUUUUCUCGCGCAGUUUGCUUGAGGGGCGAAAGAGAUCUAAGGGCUCCUUUUUCAUAUUUAAUGGCAUUAUCAUUGAUUGAGUAUAAAUUUUUCACAUUAAAAUAUGAAAAUUGCUUACAAGGAUGUUAACAGACCUAGUAGCAUCCUCAUUGCCUGUCUUUAUCGCUAUCGAUGAAUUUACUCGGGGCGAGCAACCAGUAAUCACGCAAUGUUUGUUUCUUUUUGUGGGCACUUUGUGUUCAAUUUUUACUCUACUGUAAAAAUUGACUUUUAGAACUGAUAAACAACAUGACAGAAUUGUUACGGAGGCCAGCCCUCAUCCGUGAAGGAGCCCUCCAGCUAUGAACUCUUUUGUUCGCUUGAAUCUGACGUAAAACAUUUUAUGAGAAAGAUGUUUUCAUGUUAAGAUUUAUUUACUUAACUUUAUUACACAUAACAUAUCCGGCGCACCGCAUAUACUAGCCUCGGUGUUUCUUCAGUAAACUUCCAAGCAGCAAAAACAAAACAAAAACUUCGCAUUUCCCUGAAUUUGACUAAGUACCACGCGGUUUACCAUUUAAGGCGAAAAACGGCGAUGGCGGCAUUGAAGACCAUUGUAGGUGUGAUCGGGGUCGUGUUAAUCGUAAGUAAUUUACGUGUGCGACAACUUUGCGACAAUAGGAUUGGACAGAAAUAUGUUCAAAAAGAGUCUUUAACCCCCGUGCAAAAUUUAUGAUAUCUAAAGCCGUAAGACGCCAGAAGUGAAUAUUAUUUAUUUCUUUAACAGACGUUUGCAGUUGGUAACGAUCACGCAAAGAACAAAGGAGGACCACAUGUUACUUCGGGGUGCAAGGUGAAUUAUCUCACACUUCUUUAAUUUUCCUCCCUUCGGCGUAAAUCUGGUUCACGCAAAAGAGGAGGAAACCUUUAAAGUGAAUGUGACUAAAUGUGCAAAAGACUUCAGGACUUAAAACGGUUCGCAGUCAAAAAUGACGCUUUCCUAUAAAGCAGACGAAACAUCAUUCAUUCAUCCUUUUGCCUUUGUUUGCGGGGAAACGCCUGUCCUAAAUCACUCAGCUCCCGUCCAACCUCUUGUCUUUAUUAUCUGUUGCGAGGUGCCUCCAAAUGCGGCAUGUACAGGCUUUAUGACUACAAAGGAAACAGUUACCCACCUUACUGUGAUUUGACAUCUGAGCCCGGUACUGCAUGGACACUGGUCAUGUCAUGGAGUGUUGCUUAUCGCAAGCUUUCUCCGUUUCUCGAGUAUCCUUUCGGGUACAACUAUCCAGUGAACGAGAACUCCCUGAACUGGAAUCUCUACCGCUUGAAUCUGGUCCGAACUAAAUCCCUGAAGGACCACUCUACCCACUGGCGAGCAACAUGCAGCUACCCGACCCACGGCGUCGAUUUCAGAGACUACCUCCGUGGAAACUUCAAGGACUUUAACGUCUUUGAUUUUGAAGGUGCAGGUACGUGUAAGAAGGUGGAAUACAUCAACAUCCGGGGACACUGGGGCCUCCAUCUCUCGGUACCUUUCUGGCAAAGUGUAGUAAAGAAAAUCACUCUGCACACUGACAGUGACGUGAGCACCUGUGAUUUUAAGGCCGCGAAGACUGGUGCAGUCUCCAGUGAGGACAACUUUGGCUACUAUUGGGUCAUCAACUCCAAGUUCCGCUGUACACAGGGUACCCACUCGACCACCCAGUGGUGGUUUGGAGCUCAUCUCUAA